AUGGGCUCAACUCAACCCACCGUUUUCCUCUUUGGGGACGUCACAGACCCAUGGGUCGAUGGCAUGGACUAUGUCUGCAGGCAGGCUACCACGACGCCAUGGCUCCAAGGCUUCUUGGAAGACCUCUUCUCUGCCUUCAAGGCCGAGGUGAAGGGUAUGGACCGCUUCUUGCAAGAGAGCUUCGGGUCUUGUUCCAGCAUCCAAGAGCUCGCCCAGAAAUAUCGUUCAGGCGACGAGGUCGGUAUGGUCCACGGCCUGCUUCUCUACACCGUGAGAGCGGCGCUGCUGUUGAAGACCGCGAACCGCGAGCCACUGUUGCUCAACCCAGGCGAGGGCAGGCCCGAGUCACACCUGGUCGGUAUCUCUGCCGGCAUAUUCAACGCUGUUCCCAUGGCGACUUCUGGCAACUUCAGCACCCUGUACGAUGCAUGCAUCGAGGCCGGUCGGGUGUACGCCCGGCUCUGCAACCUCACCUUGGCUCGAUCAAGAGCGAUAGAGGACCGCCCUGGAGCCUGGGGCUGGGCUGUCGUCGACAUCGCGGUGAAUAAGCUUGAGAAGAUACUGGAACAGUUCCAAACUGCAAAGGGCGUCCCUUCUUCCAAGAGGGUCAAGAUUGCCAUUACGGGAUACCGGUGGAGCACCAUCAUAGGACCGCCUUCGGUCUUGGAGCUUGUCUUGGGCCAGUGCCCAGAGUUGAAGAGGGCCCCAAAGAACGAGCUGACCGGCAUCCGUGCCAUGCAGCACAGCCUUGACGUCUCAGAGGCGGAUAUCGACUACGUCGUGGGAAGUUCCUCCCUUCUAUCCGCUCCACUUCGCCCGGGAUACAAAGUAUGGGGCAUCGCCGGGAAUGAUGCUAACGCCACCUACCCCGACUGGGGCCACCUGCUGAGAGCUGCAGCGUUGCAGACGCUGUCGCAACGGUUGGAUAUUGUGCAAACCGUGGGCAAGCUCAGCGCCCAUCUUGGGUCGUCACAGGAUGUCGACGUCAAGAUGAUGGGCCCCAGCGGCCACGCGGCGUACCUUGUCACUGUCCUAAAGGCCGGUCUCGGCAUGACGACAAGGCACGUCUCAGUUGAUGAUGAUGUGGCAUCCCAGUCGUUGAGCGAGGGUGUCCGAGAAGGCGCCAUCGCCAUUGUAGGCAUGUCGGGUAAAGGACCUGGUAGUGAGAACCUCGAAGAGUUUUGGAACGUCAUCGAGAACGGCCUAGACUGCCACCAGGAGAUUCCCGCCGACCGUUUCAACCUGGACGAGUACUACUGCGCUAAGCACGGCGCGGUCCGCUCCCCAGGCGAGAUGAAGUGCACUAUGGCUUGCCGCCACGGGUGCUUCAUCAAGAACCCAGGCCAUUUCGACUCCAAGUUCUUCCACAUCUCGCCACGCGAGGCCCUGUUGAUGGACCCCGUCGCCCGGCUGUUCCUCAUGAGCGCGUAUGAAGCCCUAGAGACGGCCGGUUACUCGGCCGGCCAGACCCGCAAGGCCGGCGUCUUGUCCGACACGGGGAACUGCAAGACGUACCGUGACGACGCCGACGGCUAUUGCCGCGCAGACUUCAGCGGCGCCAUCGUUCUGAAGCGGAUGGAGGACGCCAUCGCGCACAAUGACAACAUCUUGGCCGUCAUCGCGGCGUCGGCCAGAAACCACUCUGGCAACUCGACGUCUAUUACGACCUCGGACGCGAACGCCCAAGAACGACUGUUUACCAAGGCCCUCCGGAACGCACGACUGUCCCCACAUGAUGUCUCGUAUGUUGAGAUGCACGGAACGGGGACCCAGGUCGGGGAUAAGGCAGAGAUGGGGGCGGUUUCCAGAGUCUUUUCACCAAGACCCGCUGGGCAACCUCUGACAGUGGGAGCCAUUAAGGCCAAUAUUGGCCACAGUGAAGCAGCUGCCGGAAUGUCCUCGGUGCUCAAGAGCAUUCUUAUGCUCCGAAAGGGCAUCAUUCCCCCUCAGGCGGGCAUGCCGCAUGGCAUGAACCCUAACUUGCUGAAGAUUCUGCAAGACGAUAGCGGCAUUGUGAUUCCCUCGGAAGCAUCAGAGUUUAAAGGGGUGGCUGACAAGCCGAAACGCAUUCUCGUCAACAAUUUCGACGCAGCGGGCGGCAAUGCUUGUGUAAUCCUUGAAGAAUACAAGCAAGAUGCGGAUAGACAAAGGGAAAUCGACCCCCGAUCGACUCACGUCAUCACGAGCUCGGCCAGGACGCAGUCGUCGUACCUCGCCAACCUGCGUCGACUCGCCGCAUGGCUCCGCGCGAACCCCAACGCCCGGAUCCAGGACGUGGCCUACUCGACCACGGCGCGGAGAGUGCAGCACCCCAUCCGGUUCGCGUUUGCCGCAUCCUCAUCGCAGAAGGCCAUUUCCGAGCUCGAGGCUGAGAUCUCGCGCACCGCCGGUGGUGCCACCGCGUUCAAGUCCAAGCCCGCCGACGUCGUCUUCGUCUUCACGGGCCAGGGCUCCCACUACGCAGGCAUGGGCGCCGAGCUGUACCGCACAAGCCCCGUCUUCCGCAGGACGGUCGACAUGUGCGUUGGGAUCUGUGACUCCGACAAGUUCCCGCCUUUCCUGGAUAUCAUCACCGACAGCGCCAGCGAUGUGUCGACCAAGGACGCGGCGCAGAUCCAGCUCGCCGUCGUAACGCUGGAGAUUGCCCUGACAGCCUUCUGGCGGUCCACCGGCAUAGUGCCCGCCAUGGUCAUGGGCCACAGUCUGGGAGAGUACGCCGCCCUGCACGCUGCGGGCGUCCUAUCGCUGGCCGACACCCUGUACCUCGUCGGCCACCGCGCCCGCCUGCUCCUGGAGCAAUGCGAGCCUAACUCCCGUGCCAUGCUCUCCGUCUCAGCUCCAGUAGCAACCGUGCGAGACCGUCUUGCCCAGUUCAAAAACUCUUCCUGUGGCGUCGCCUGUAUCAACAGCCCCAGCGCUACCGUCAUCAGCGGGACGACGGAGGACUUGGCACAGAUGCAAGCAGCCAUAACGGCUCAGGACGCAAAGACGCGUACCACGAUGCUAUCCGUCCCGUUCGCAUUCCACUCGUCCCAGAUGGAUGCCAUCCUGCACGACUACAAGGCCCUCGCAAGCGGCGUAACCUUUGAGGCGCCCAAGAUUCCCGUGGCGUCUACAAUGCUCGCAUCCGUGGUCGACGGGCCGGGCGUCUUCAACGAGGGCUACCUAGGCAUGCAGACGCGCCAGGCGGUCGACUUCUGCGGCGGCCUCAACGCUGUCAAGUCGGCGCUCAAAAACCCGUUCUGGCUCGAACUCGGCCCCGGGCCGGUUUGCAGCUCGUUCGUGCGGGCCACGCUUUCUCCGCCGCCUGCAAAGGUCAACUACACCAUCGACGCAAAAUCCAGCAAUUGGGCUUCCAUUUCCAAGACCCUCGCCGCGGCGCACACGGGCGGCGCCGAUGUGGACUGGCUACAACUGCACGCACCCUACGAGAGCAACCUCGAGCUGUUGCCGCUUCCGACCUAUGCGUGGGACAUGAAGGACUACUGGAUCACCCACACCGACAAGAACCGCGCGCAGGUCACUGAUGCGACCCAGGCUGCAGCCCUACCUGAGCCCUUCCACGGCACGACCGCGCAGUACCUCGUAGAGAAAACCCUCUCCCCCAAGGUUCAGGUUACGUUCCGAGCCACUAUCUCGGAACACGGCUUCCUGGGCCUUAUAGAUGGCCAUAAGAUGCAACAGAUCGGGCUUGCUUCGGGGAGCGUCUUCAGCGACGCCGCCGCUGCAGUGGCCAAGUAUACUCUCGAGUACAGCGGUAGGAAGGACGUCACGGCGACCCACCUGACUUUCCACGACCCCGAGCUCCUCGCCCCCCUGACUCGGGAUCUUGUCGGCAUCGACGGGACGCUGCUCUCCACGGCCACUAUGGAGAGUGCGUCUGCCGACACUGUCUCGGUCACGUUCAAGGCCACUUCGAAAGGCGGUGAAUCCCACGAUCUCGGGUCGAUAAGAGUCAAGUAUCGCAACCCCGAAAAGGUCCAGGCCGACUUGGACCGUGUGUCAUUCUUCAUCAAGGUCAAGAUGGAAGAGCAGAUCCGGCUUUGCAAGGAGGGCUCGGGCCACAGGAUGCAGCCCGGCGUCUUCUACGCGCUCUUCGCCAACGCUGUCGAGUUCUCCUCUGACUUCCGGGCCGUCCAGGAGGCAUACAUAGCCAACGACUUCCAAGAAGCUGCCGCGACGGUUGUGCUGCCGCCGGACCCCGUGGGCACCCGCUUCACGUCCUCGCCGUACUGGGGCGAGGGUCUGUUGCACCUGGCGGGUUUCAUGGUGAACGGAAACCCGAGCAAACCGCCUCAGUCGACCUUUGUUGUCAUGGGCUACGAGAGCGUCGAGCAGUACGCCGCCGUCGAGCCUGGAAAGCAAUACCUGACAUAUACGCGCAUCUCGCGGUGGGAAAAGGACACGGCUUUCUGUGCCGCUUACGUCUUCGACCCGGAGACGUCCAAAAUUGUCAUGCAGGCUGUCGACCUGCGCUACCAAGAGCUCAAGACGGCCGUCUGGCGCCACAUCCUCGGCGGGCAAACAGUUCCCCAGCAUCAGACUGCCGCCCCGCGAGCCCACAAGCCGGCUGCAAAGGAAGUCAAGAACCAUGAUGACCUGUCUGCUCCUUUGGCCGCGGCGCCAGGGGAACAGCGGGCGAGCAAGGCACAGGAUGGCGACAAGACUCCAGAUGCAGGAGAAUUCCAGAUUAUCGCGGACACCCUCGCCACGGCGACUGGAAGCGACCCUUCCGAGUUCACCGACGACACGUUGGUAGCCGACGUCGGCGUCGACUCAAUUAUGGCCAUCGAGGUCGUUGCCGCCCUCAAGGAGUUGGGCGUGGACCUACCCGCCGGGUUUGUCUUCGAGUAUCCCACAAUCGGCGACCUCCGUCGCGAGUUUGGCGGGCAGGCUGCCGAGGCCCCAGCGGACGAUGGCAGCGCGACGCCUUCCAGCGAAGAUCACGAUUCCCUGUCUCUGACUCCAGACGAUUCGGUCUCUAGCAUGUCCUCAAGCCUGGUUCAUGUCGAAAAAGAGCUGCCAUCUCCAGCGCUGGAGGCGGAAAUCGACCUGUCGCCGCCUCCCAGCGUCAGAAUCACGCUGCUGCAGGGCCGCCCGAACGCCAGCAAGACCCCGCUGUACAUGAUAGCCGACGGCACCGGCACCGUCGCGACAUACCUCCACUUGCGGCCCUUCAAGUCCAAGCAGGCUGUCUACGGCAUCGACUCGCCCUACUUCCGCUGCCCGUCCCGCAUGACCAGCGAGGUCGGCAUCGAGGGCGCAGCCAAGCUUAUCGUCGACGCCCUGAUCAAGAAGCACGACACGGGGCCCUUCCAGAUCGGCGGCUACUCGGCCGGCUGCCUCGUCGCCUUCGAGGUUUCGCGCCAGCUGGCCGCCGUCGGGCGCAAGGUCGAUGGCCUUCUACUGGUCGACAUGUGCUGCCCGCGGUCGCGGCGCAAGGACCAGCAGACGCUGCUCGCUGAGGACGAGUUCAGCUACGCCGUCUUCGAGACCGCCGUCAACAGGGACGGCCUAUGGAGCACGAUCGGCUCCAGCCGCGACCACUUCCGCGCCUUCUUUGUCGCUAUGAACGAGUACACUCCAGCCCCGAUGACCGCUGCAGAGCGGCCUGCUAAGACGGCUGUCAUCUGGGCCGAGAAGGGGCUGGUCAACCGAGUGUCAGACAAGCCUGCGCUACUGAAGGAGCUGGAGGGACAGGGUGUACCUACCAAGCCUUAUCCGGGCUUCAUGGAGGAUCCCAAACUGGGCACGUUUGCGUGCCUUGUCCCGGACAAGGGCGAGCACCUGGGCCCUAACGGCUGGGAUAAGUAUACCGGCGGAGAGGUCCUGGCCAUGUCUGUGGCUGGAGAUCAUUUUGAGCUGCCCAUGCCUGGACAUGUCCAUCUUCUCCAAGAGCAAAUGGAGAAGGCUUUUGCAUAUUUUGGCUCGAAUUAGGAUAUUGGAUGGGUAUUAGAUUUUUGUAUUGUUACUUUUUGUUUAUAGACGGCGUUGGAGUACCUUUUUUGUUUUUCAGAUAGAGCUCUGGUACCUUUUCAUCUCAAAAGAAUGCACAACUUUGGUUAGAGUCC